CAAUUUAGAAAAUAUUCAAAUAAAACAAGAAAGAAGAAGGAAGUUAGAAACUCCAAUGGUCCACAAAUCUUUAAUCAUCUUCAUCUUCAACCUCUUCAUCCUUCUACAAUCCUCAUCCAAACCAUAUUCUUCAUAUUUAUUGAUUUUGAAUUAUUAAUCUGCAGCAACAGCCUAGGGCACCCACAAUAUGGCAGCUCUUGAAACGCUACGACCCAUAAUUCACUCUCAAAUUCAUGUUAAUUACUCCAAUUAUCGCUCAUACAUGUACAGUUCUCGCAAUAGUUUUCGUGUUCCACACGCAACCUCAAAUCUAUUCGUUACCAAAUCAUCGUUACCAAUUCACACAUCUAUCAAUUUGUACAGAGAAUUUAGGGUUCCACAUAUGUUUAAUUCAUGUGGUAGAGAGUUAGGGUUUCUGAAAAUGAAUAAGAGGUAUAGAGGAAUGAAUGAGAUUAAAGCAAGUGUAAAUAAUAGUUCUUGUGAUCAUGAUACUGAAACUGAAUCAUCAGGGAAAAAGAGUGAAACUGAGAGUAGUAAUAAAGUGAGUAAGAAGACAGAGAAGAGGGGGAAGAAGGGGAAAGGCGGUGGGAAAUGGCGGUGGCAACCGGUAAUUAAGGCGCAAGAGAUCGGUAUAUUGUUGUUGCAGUUAGGGGUUGUUAUGUUUUCCAUGAGGUUGCUUAGGUUAGGUGUUCCAUUGCCAGGGUCGGACCCCAGGGUUUCGAAUGAAUUCGUUAGCGUGCCGUAUAGUGAUUUUUUGAGUAAGGUUGGGAGUAAUCAGGUGCAGAAGGUGGAGGUUGAUGGGGUGCAUAUAAUGUUUAAGUUGAAGCAGGAACAGGGGAGUGUUGAGAGUGACGUUGGUGAUGGUAGUAGAGUGCAGGAUUCGGAGUUGUUGUUGAGGAGUGUGGCGCCUACGAAGAGGAUUGUGUAUACGACGACACGUCCUAAUGAUAUUAAGACUCCUUAUGAAAAGAUGCUUGAAAAUGGUGUGGAGUUUGGGUCUCCUGAUAAGCGGUCUGGUGGGUUCUUGAACUCUGCAUUGAUAUCUUUGUUUUAUGUUGCUGUAUUAGCAGGGCUACUUCACCGCUUCCCUGUAAACUUCUCUCAGCAGCAAACCCCUGGUCAGUUAAGAAACCGCAAGUCAAGUGGUUCUGGCGGGUCAAAAGUGUCCGAAGAAGGAGAAGCCAUCACAUUUUCAGACGUUGCUGGUGUCGAUGAGGCUAAAGAGGAACUUGAAGAAAUUGUGGAAUUUCUCAGAAAUCCAGACCGAUAUGUACGACUUGGGGCUCGCCCUCCUCGAGGUGUGCUCUUGGUCGGUCUUCCUGGGACAGGUAAGACACUGUUGGCAAAGGCGGUAGCUGGGGAAGCUGACGUACCUUUCAUUAGUUGUUCCGCAAGUGAGUUUGUAGAACUUUAUGUCGGCAUGGGAGCAUCACGUGUUAGAGAUCUCUUUGCAAGGGCGAAGAAGGAAGCACCAUCAAUCAUAUUUAUAGACGAGAUUGAUGCUGUAGCCAAGAGUCGUGAUGGUAGGUAUCGAAUUGUCAGCAAUGAUGAACGAGAACAAACGUUGAACCAACUGCUCACGGAGAUGGACGGUUUUGAUAGUAAUUCGGCUGUAAUUGUUCUCGGUGCAACGAACCGUGCUGACGUAUUAGAUCCAGCACUUCGCCGACCUGGGAGAUUUGAUCGUGUGGUUAUGGUAGAAACGCCUGAUAGAGUUGGAAGACAAGCUAUUUUGAAUGUGCAUGUUUCUAAGAAAGAGCUUCCUUUGGGCGAUGAUGUUGAUCUUGCUAAUAUUGCAUCCAUGACCACUGGUUUCACUGGGGCGGACCUUGCAAAUUUGGUAAACGAAGCUGCUUUGUUGGCAGGGAGACAAAAUAAAGUCGUCGUGGAGAAAAUCGACUUUAUUCAAGCAGUGGAGCGCUCCAUUGCUGGGAUUGAAAAGAAAACAGCCAAGUUGCAAGGUAGUGAGAAAGCAGUGGUUGCGCGUCAUGAAGCUGGUCAUGCAGUCGUAGGCACUGCUGUUUCCAAACUUCUUGCAGGACAGCCAAGGGUUGAGAAGCUAAGCAUACUGCCUAGGUCAGGAGGGGCAUUGGGAUUUACUUAUACUCCUCCGACCACCGAGGAUAGGUAUUUGCUUUUUGUAGACGAGUUACGAGGACGUUUGGUAACUCUUCUCGGAGGGCGUGCUGCUGAAGAAAUCAUUUACUCAGGCCGCGUGUCAACAGGGGCACUUGACGACAUACGUCGAGCUACUGACAUGGCAUACAAGGCUAUUGCUGAAUAUGGUCUCAAUCGCACCAUUGGCCCGAUCUCAUUGGCAACACUUUCAAAUGGCGGCAUGGAUGAUUCCGGAGGAUCUGGUUUUGGAAGGGACCAGGGGCAUCUGGUGGAUCUUGUUCAAAAAGAAGUUAAGCUGAUGCUUCAAUCAGCACUGGAUGUGGCGCUUUCUGUCAUGCGUGCUAAUCCCAAUGUUUUGGAGGGGCUUGGUGCCUAUCUUGAAGAAAAAGAGAAAGUUGAAGGGGAAGAGUUGCAAGAAUGGUUAAAGAUGGUGGUUGCGCCCGAAGAACUUGCGGAUUUUGUUAAAGGCACACAGGAUGUAUUUCUUCCUCUACAAUCAGCAUCACCUGAUCUAAAGCAACUACUGUAACACCACCACCAUCCAUCUGCAACUUUGUAUAUUCGAACAGCCGGGCAAUUUAGAUACAUAACAUAUACAGUGGCCUCAUGUUCUUUAGUUGCAGAUUCUUGGAUUUAUAUGAUUUCAAUUUUUUCUCAUUUUUUAGCCAUUCCCAACUUGUUCGGGAUGAUAAGGCUGUUGAUGUACGUAUAUAACAGAAUUUGAUUUUCUGCGACUUUUUAACAAUAAAAUUAAAAUCUUAGUUGACUA